CUUUCCCUUUCCCCUAGGCUCGGAUGGAGGUAGAUGCUGAUGGAAAUGGUGCUAAAAUAUUUGCUUACGCCUUCGACAAAAAUCGUGGAAGGGGAUCCGGCCGCCUCCUGCAUGAGCUGCUGUGGGAAAGACACCGGGGAGGGAUCGCUCCUGGGUUUCAGGUGGUACAUCUGAAUUCAGUGACGGUGGACAACCGCCUAGACAAUCUGCGCCUUGUUCCAUGGGGGUGGAAACCCAAAGCUGAAGAAAUCUCCAGUAAACAAAGGGAACAAAGUCUGUACUGGCUGGCAAUCCAACAGCUUCCUACAGAUCCUAUAGAAGAGCAGUUCCCUGUCCUGAAUGUAACACGGUAUUACAACGCUAACGGGGACGUUGUGGAGGAGGAAGAGAACUCGUGCACAUAUUAUGAAUGUCACUACCCCCCGUGCACCAUGAUUGAAAAACAGUUACGUGAAUUCAACAUCUGCGGCCGAUGCCAGGUAGCGAGGUACUGUGGGUCACAGUGCCAGCAAAAGGACUGGCCUGCUCACAAGAAACACUGUCGGGAGAAGAAAAGGACCUUCCAACAAGAACUCGGACCAGAACGAUGACCGGGUGGCAGAGGCCUCUUUAGCAGCAGGAUUCCUUCUCAAAGGCAUUGGACUCUUGCUUUUGCACAGUAAUGACAGACUGCUUAUUGAAGCCAGAGGCACUGACAGAAGAAAAAACCAACCCUGUGAUGCUUGAGCAGAACGGCUGACUGGACUGAAGCCAGCUCUGACUGGUGCUGUGGAAAGGGAUUGGGUUUACCCUUCCAGUAUUAUAUUCUCAAGCAAAAAGACUACUGUAGAGGCUCCAAGCAGGAAGCUUCUCAUUAUUUAUAUGUUAAUAACGUUUGUAAACUCAUGUACAGUUUUUGUUAGAAAUUCUUGAUAGGACACAUUAACUGUGAUGUUCAAUGAGAACAUGGUGUUGGCCUAAAAGUUAAAAAAAAAAAGUAAAAAAAAAAAAAAAAAGAAAGUCCUGUAGCAAAAACUUUUCCUCCCAUGUGGCUGGAAGUGUCCGUGGCAGUGCCAAGGCCAGAAGACAGGCUCCGACAUCAGCAGUGACUCUGGAGAACUCUGCAUGGAAGUUAUAUUUUAAAAAAGAGAAAAAAAAAAAGAGAGGCAAACAAAGUAAAGGUUGGAAUGAGUCCUU